AUGGGUGCACAGGUCACGAGCUACGAGCCCUUGCGAGCUUACAUCUACAGAGAAGGUCUGGUGCGCUUUGCUUCCAAGCCUUAUAGCAAAGACCCGAAGCAUUUAACAGAUGCCUACCGUCACUUGACCAACUAUUCGAUCAACAAGGGAUCGUCAAGCUUUGUGGAGAACUCCGAGGUUCAGGCUGACAAUGUCGGUCACAAGUGGAGCAUAUCGGCGUUGAACAAGCACCUGAGGUGUAUUGGGGUAGAUGCUGAGCUUAUGUGGACCCGCAUCAUGGAUGCCAUUGUGAAGUCUCUUCUGUCUGUGGAGCCCGUGAUCGGGGCCCGAACAAAAGCCACCGCAAAUUACAGCCACAAUUGCUUUGAGUUGUAUGGCUUCGACGUGUUAGUCGAUCAGGACUUGAAGCCGUGGCUUUUGGAGGUCAACCUCAGUCCCAGCAUGCAGGCGGAUUCUCCGCUGGACUGGCAGAUCAAGAGCUCCUUGCUGUCAGACUCCUUCAAUCUCGUGGGCAUCAACAAGGUGACCAAGCAGCGACUAGCGGAAGCGACAAGAGCAAAGUCCAAGGUAGUGAAAGUGCCUGGUAAGCCACCAGGACCCCCCGAACGCAGGAGGCGUCAUCGCGUGUCUGGGCGAUCUGUCCUUCGGCAUCAAGAAUGUGAAGUAGAAGACGAGCAGGACUGUGAGGACUUGCCGUCUGUGCCUUUGGGCACGUUGGACGUCGAGGAACUGCGGAGCACUGCAAAUGCCUUGCUUGAGUGCACCCGGAAUCGGAACUUCAUCCGGCUGUAUCCCACGCGUAAAGCGGUGAGACAUUAUGCCGUCAUUGUCGACAGCCAAGAGGCCAUGAAGCCGUGGCCACGCGGUCGAAAGCCGGCCGUGGAGAAACUCACGGCUUCCCAAGUCUUGGCGUCUUUGCUCUUCGGGCCUCCGCCAAGCCAUGGGAAGACGCUGACGUGUCGGCCGCGGUCCAGAGCGAUUCUAUGCUGCAGUCGCUCCAUACGACGUCGCGAGCACAGAUACGAUGCCGGAGAGGACGGGGGAGAAGAAGCUUCAAACAUUGAGGCUUCACCGGCCUUGAGAAGCCAAUCGAUGCCCCGGGCACGGGCGAGGAAGGUCUCGCGACGCCAUGUGAUUGUCAUGAAGCGCAGCCCUGCAGAGGUGCUGAUGACAGCAGCAGUGGAGGCUGCAGAGGAAGAUCCCUCGAAGGACGAAGCAGAUAAGGCCUCUACCGGUGCAGCGACGCCGGCAAAGCAAGAGAAGCCAUCAGCGGAGUCAGAGAGGAAAGAUAUCAAGGCGCUGGCAGACAAGCUCGCAGAGAAGCUGCACGAGAAUGUGCAGGCGUCAAAUUUUUCAGACUUACGACCUUCCAGUUUGAGAGGAUGCGAGGACAAAACAAGAUUGCAGACGUUAGGCCCCCACUGCCCUUGCAAAAAGCCUAAGCUUUCCAGGGGUCCCGCGAACAUUGAUAGCUUUUCGGGAGACUCAGUGGUGUCUAAAUUCUACCUCAUCUAA